AUGGAUGAAGCAGUAUGCAUGAUAUUCGUCAGGCGACUGUACAACGAUGGUGACACAUUUUGUUUCGAAUUCCCGUAUAACUGUGGAGUUGUCAAGGAUUUUCCUCGUAUUGUGUAUAGGAUCAAAAACGAGAACUGCACAACUGUUUCGCAAUUCAAGGGCUACGUCAACUGGGAAUUUCAGCGAAUCAGGAACUCUGUAAAUAAAAAAUGGAGGAGAGAAAAACCUAAACUCAACAAGGUUAAAUCUGCUUCGAGUUCUUCCGCUCCUCCAUUAAUCCUAUGA